AUGUCACAUGCAGAAAAACUCAUUAGAUCAACAUUACCUAUAUCACAGAUUAUUGUAAAACUGAACGGCGAGCAUCCUUCAUUGAUGCUCGGUGAUUAUAAUCCAUACAACACAUCCGAAGAACAAUUAUUCAAAGUUUUCUAUCACGGCAAGACAGAUGAUACUUGGAUAACUUAUGAACCACGACAACCAAUCAAAAUAAAAGACAGAGGUUGUAUUGAUGUGUUGUGUGAUGAUUUGGAAACGUUGCUGAACAGUGAAUCUGAACAAUUAGACAAGUUCUCUGUCAAGUUUUGCAUUUGUGAAGAUGAAGAGGAAGAAGAAGGCCUGAUGCGGCUGCAAAAAGUUUACGAUCGGAUAGGAUCUAUGUUCAAAAAAAUUAACUCAAAACUUGUCAGCUUGGCUGUCGAUAAUAUAAAUCAAGUUCGUGAGCUUCAUGUGUGCUUUAACUCUCGAGCACUCAAUAUUGAAUUUGAGUUUAUUUAUGAUAGAUAUGAAACCCCCGCCAUUACAUUCCGGGAUAUAUUGGAGUUUGAGCAAAUGAAGCUUAUCAAGUCAUUAUGUGUAAGGUUUAAAGUUGAUAAUAUAUCAAUAGACGAUCUACGUGCAAUAAAAAAGACGGCAAUCAGCUUUGAAAAUGAGUGCGUUGUGGUUUUAUACAAUUCACAAGGUUUUAAUAUUGAUGAAGAAGGAUUAAAUGAAUUAUUUGGUCCUCCACUCGACAAAUUUAAUGAUUUAACUUGCCGCAGCCUUUUUGAUGGCGUAGAAUGUGAUAUCUAUGACACAGAAAUCGUGAUUCAGCAAAUGAAAUGCUUUAGAUUAAGCAACGAGUAUAACAACGACGAUAAAAUCGGAAGUGGCUUACAAGUGUUGAUGACCGAUUUAAUCUUAAGAAAUAUAUUGCAACAUGUUGGACUAACCACUAUAUUAGCUUUGCGCCGAGUCUCGUGGGGUGUUCUUAAUUGUAUAGACCGAAUAAAACCAGAUCUGAAAAUAGAAGUUCUUGUAAUUCAAAUGAGAUCUAUCGAUUUUCUCAUAAUUGAAGUGUUGGAUGAGUCGAAGCACAACAAGCAUAGUUACCAAACUGCACACAAUGAAUGGUACAAUAUGCUUUGUGAGAAUGGCGAUCUUCUGAGUUUGAGAGACAAUUUGCAUCCCAUAUACGAAUUUUAUUACUUUGCCAAUGCGACUAGGUUUGAUGCCGAUGCAGAACCCAAUGCAAGCCCUGUACUAACCAAAAGAUGGACAAGAAAAGAACUCUGUGAAUGGUUUGAAAGGAGAGCCAACUUUUCAAAUGACCUACGGCGCAAUUUAGUUAAUCAAAGGUCUCCUAUUGAAAAUCUGAAGUUAACACUUCCCUUGUUUGGUGACACAUGGCAUUAUUUUGAAUUUGAUCCGAUGAUUCCAACUUACACCGAGUUUCUUGAAUUGGAAGAGAAAAUUCGUCACUGUGAGCUAUGCCAAGAGACCGAGAACAAGCAUCGAAACGAGUUUCGCAAACUUCUGCAAAAAUAUAGAUGGAAUUUUGAGUGUGAAUCUGAUCUUAUCAAGCAGGAGAGUUACGUACAGAGAGUUGAUGUUUUCAUCAAAUAUUUUGGGGAUAAUCUCAAAUCUAUCGGCCAUAAAAUUCAAGUCAAAGAACUGAACAUGCAAGCAUGCAAUCAAAAUACAGUUAUGCAUGUAUUGCCGUAUUUGGAUACACGUGUUUUGAGAAGUAUAUCGAUUCAAAUACCAGUCCAAAAAGAGACUAAAGUCCCGUGUGACUGGAUUGAACCAUUAGAAAUCAAUGAAAUCUGUGAGUUGGAGCAAUGGAAGAAUGCGAGGAUGCUAGAAAUAGAACACGUUAUAAACACCACUGGCAUGAAACAUUUGGGUCACUUCUCCGAAGCUGAUGUGAAGCUGACCAGAAUGACAACCGAAGGCAUUUUGUGUCUGAAAGCUGAAUUCCUUCUCUCGAACAACUUUGAGAAGUUCAAGGCGUCCUUCGAAACAAGCGAUAUAGACGAAAGCAUCUAUGAAACAGAAUAUCUGGGAUUACCAUUCCGGAGACCAAUUAAUCCGAGAACAAAUCAGCCGAGCAUUUGGUAUUUCAAAUAUCCUGGAACCGACGAUUAUCUUCACAUUUUGUACUAUGAAAUGCGGAAAAGGAUAGUUUUUACACGAGUGAAAGCAUCUUCUGUUCCCAUGAACUUGGUGGCGUAGUACAUUUUUGCCUGUGUUUGGUACUUGUGUAUUACAUGCCCUCAUCUUAAAUAAUUUUUUUGCAUUUUUAACGUGAGAAGCGUGUUAUUCUUUAUCAAAUUAUGCUCACAAUCAGUAUAAUAACAAGUUAAGCUU